AGUGAAACUACUACAAUACAAGGCAAAGGCACGUGCAUCGCACGCUAUCGUGUUCUCAGCUUCUCCGUCCAUUCCAUUUUUUAGACUAUCAUUCUAUCUCCAUCUCCUUCGCUCACUCAGAAACUCGAGUUGUUAAAUGGCAGAAAUCAUGGGGAAAAUUGUUCAAAAUUUACAGACUUCACAAUGCUGUCAGAAAAAUACGCAAUUCGGCGCCCUAUAUCCAAGGGACCGAUGUGCACAAUAUACACGCAACUUGCUUCUCUUUCAAGGAAGGAAGUUGGCAUGGACCGGGAUCUCGGCCAUGCAAGUGCGUAAUGUAUCAAACAUUAAACGGGGAAUUCUUUACUGCAAUGCUUCUCCUUCUGCUACUGCUGUACCAUCGCUUGAAAAAGUAGAUUUUCUCAAACUUCAAAAUGGCAGCGAUAUACGUGGUGUUGCUGUUGAUGGUGUUGCGGUUGAACCUAUUAACCUCACUGAGCCAGUGACACAAGCAAUAGCAGCUGCCUUUGCUGCAUGGCUUUUGGAUAAGAAAAAAGCUGAUUCUUCUAAGCGUUUCAGAAUAUCCAUUGGGCAUGAUUCUCGAAUUUCUGCACAAAAAUUACAGGAUGCAGCUUCCAGGGGAAUUGCUGGUGCAGACUUUGAUGUUGUGCAAUAUGGACUGGCAUCCACCCCGGCGAUGUUCAAUAGUACAUUGACCAAAAAUGAAGACUUCUUAUGUCCAGUUGAUGGGGCUAUCAUGAUAACUGCAAGCCAUCUCCCUUUUAAUAGAAACGGGUUUAAAUUCUUUACUAACGCUGGAGGGCUUGGAAAAGCUGACAUCAAAGACAUCUUAGAACGUGCUGCGAACAUAUACAACGGUUUUACACCAGAAUCCCUUGAAGAGGCAGAAAGAAAAGCUUCAUUCUGUAUCAGUAAGGUUGACUACAUGUCUGUUUAUUCAGCUGACCUUGUAGCCGCUGUCCGCACAGCUUCCGGAAACAUAGAAAAGCCAUUGCAAGGAUUUCAUAUAGUUGUGGAUGCCGGGAAUGGUGCUGGUGGCUUUUUUGCUGGAAAGGUGCUGGAGCCUUUAGGUGCUAUUACUUCUGGCAGUCAGUUUCUAGAACCAGAUGGUUUAUUUCCUAAUCAUAUUCCUAACCCUGAGGAUAAGGCAGCAAUGAAGGCAAUUACCCAAGCGGUGCUUGAUAACAAGGCUGAUUUGGGGAUUAUCUUUGACACAGAUGUUGAUAGAUCUGCCGCUGUUGAUUCCACUGGGCGUGAGUUUAACCGUAAUCGUCUUAUUGCUUUGAUGUCUGCUAUUGUUUUAGACGAACACCCUGGAACAACCAUCGUCACAGAUAGUGUUACUUCGGACGGGCUUACAACAUUCAUUGAAAAAAAGCUAGGGGGGAAGCACCAUCGAUUCAAACGAGGGUAUAAAAAUGUUAUUGACGAAGCUGUUCGACUGAACUCUGUUGGUGAGGAGUCACAUUUGGCUAUUGAGACCAGUGGUCAUGGAGCACUCAAGGAGAAUCACUGGCUUGAUGAUGGUGCAUAUCUCAUGGUCAAACUAUUAAACAAACUUGCAUCGGCCAGAGCUUCGGGCCAAACUGGCGGUAGCAAAGUAUUGACCGAUUUGGUAGAGGAACUGCAGGAACCUGGUGUUGCUGUUGAGCUUAGAUUAAAAAUAGAUCAAAAUCAUGCAGAUCUUAAAGGAGGAUCUUUCCGUGACUAUGGGGAAGCAGUGCUAAGGCAUCUGGAAAGCAAAAGCGAAUCAGAUCCUAAGCUUCAAAAAGCGCCUGUUAACUAUGAAGGGGUACGAGUUUCUGGAUAUGGUGGGUGGUUUCUUCUGAGACUUUCACUUCAUGAUCCUGUGUUGCCCCUCAACAUCGAGGCACCCAGCAAUGAGGAUGCAGUAAAACUUGGACUUGCUGUACUUUCUGCUACAAAUGAGUUCUCCGCUCUGGAUGUCUCGGCCUUGGUGAAAUUUGUACAACAGUAAACAAGCUCGGCUUAUAUAAUAUAUAUAUAUAUAUAUAUAUAAUUUUCUUUUGAAAAGGACAGUGAGCUUCUUUUGAGGAUUUCUGUUGUAAUAAGUAUUAAAAUUGUCGCUUUUGGCAGUUCCAAAAGUUCUUAAACUAACCACCAAAGGAUACUGAAUACUUACACUAUAUAUUUGAGAUCAAGUUUUGAAGCGAUUGACAUUAAUGUAAAUUAUGCAUUUAUCAUGUUGAUCGUCACAUUUAUAUG